CGUCAGACCCAGCCCGCUGCCGGCCUCGUGCCUGCCGCGGCUCGUCUCCCCAGCGGUCCCAGCCCCCGUGGGCCGGGACCGCUGCCUCCGCGGCAGCACGGGGAGGCGGGCCAUGGCGGCCUGCGUGGGGAGCCGGACCCUGAGCAAGGAUGAUGUGAACUACAAGAUGCAUUUCCGGAUGAUCAACGAGCAGCAAGUGGAGGACAUCACCAUCGACUUCUUCUACCGGCCGCACACCAUCACCCUGCUCAGCUUCACCAUCGUCAGCCUCAUGUACUUCGCCUUCACCAGGGAUGAUUCUGUGCCAGAAGACAACAUCUGGAGAGGCAUCCUCUCUGUUAUUUUCUUCUUUCUUAUCAUCAGUGUGUUAGCGUUCCCCAACGGUCCCUUUACUCGACCUCAUCCAGCCAUAUGGCGAAUGGUUUUUGGACUCAGCGUGCUCUACUUCCUGUUCCUGGUCUUCCUCCUCUUCCUGAAUUUCGAGCAGGUGAAAUCCCUAAUGUAUUGGCUAGACCCAAAUCUUCGAUACGCCACAAGGGAAGCGGAUAUCAUGGAGUACGCGGUGAACUGCCACGUGAUCACCUGGGAGAGGAUCGUCAGUCACUUCGACAUAUUUGCCUUUGGGCACUUCUGGGGCUGGGCCAUGAAGGCCUUGUUGAUCCGGAGCUAUGGUCUGUGCUGGACAAUCAGUAUUACUUGGGAGUUAACUGAGCUUUUCUUCAUGCAUCUCCUGCCCAAUUUUGCUGAGUGCUGGUGGGACCAAGUCAUUCUGGACAUCCUGCUCUGCAACGGCGGCGGCAUCUGGCUGGGCAUGGUCGUUUGCCGGUUUUUAGAGAUGAGGACCUACCACUGGGCCAGCUUCAAGGACAUUCAUACCACCACUGGGAAGAUCAAACGGGCCGUGCUGCAGUUCACCCCUGCUAGCUGGACCUAUGUCAGAUGGUUUGACCCCAAGUCAUCUUUUCAGAGAGUGGCUGGGAUAUACCUUUUCAUGAUCAUCUGGCAGUUGACUGAAUUGAACACCUUCUUCCUGAAGCAUAUCUUUGUGUUCCAAGCCAGUCAUCCAUUAAGCUGGUGUAGAAUUCUCUUCAUUGGGUGCAUCACAGCUCCCACAGUGAGGCAGUACUAUGCUUACCUCACCGACACGCAGUGCAAACGUGUGGGGACACAGUGCUGGGUGUUUGGGGCUAUUGGUUUCCUGGAAGCUAUUGUUUGCAUAAAAUUUGGACAAGAUCUCUUCUCUAAGACCCAGAUACUCUAUGUUGUGCUGUGGCUUCUUUGCGUGGCCUUCACCACGUUUCUGUGCUUGUACGGCAUGGUUUGGUACGCGGAGCACUAUGGUCACCGGGAAAAGACCUACUCAGAGUGUGAAGAUGGCACCUACAGUCCAGACAUCUCCUGGCAUCACGGGAAAGGUACAAAAGGUUCAGAAGACAGCCCACCCAAGCAUUCGGGCAACAACGAAAGCCAUUCUUCCAGGAGAAGAAACCGACAUUCCAAGUCGAAAGUCACCAACGGAGUUGGAAAGAAAUGAAAGACCGUGGUUGAUCAAAGAUGUUCCAGAGAGUGCCUAGAACUGAGAGGGAGGCGGAACUCGCUUGGACCUCCCUGUUAGGGGAAACAAAAUGUGCGCAGCAAGUGGGAAGAGAAGGGGACUUCGGGGGUCAUUAUUUGAGAGUGUAAGUCUUGUUUCCCAUAGACCUGGCCACAUCAGGCAGACCGUGGGCUGGGGUCCUUUGCCCAUUUGGGGUCUCGCCUCACUUCAGCACUUGGCAUGCAGUCCCCGGUAGCGGUACAGUGUUGGGAGGAAAACAGCUCUUGGCCCGCAGUCGCUAAGAGCAGCUCUGUGCUGGGUGACUUGUGGAUGCCGUGUAAACAUCUUCGUUCAGACAUGGCCUUACCCAGGUAGUUAGUGGGCUGGUCACCAGAUUUUAUUUUUAUGAAUCGGCCUUUUCAUUUGAUUGAUUUAAGUUCAGGCCUCUUUUUGUCCUUCUUUGUUGUUGUUAUUGCUGUUGUCGUUGUGUUCCAAUUCAGAUGCUUAAAAACUUUCAGGAUUCGCUGCUGAGUUUGAAAUUGGGAGAGGGUUCCCUUCCCUUCUAGAGGAAAAAUGGGGGAGCUUUUGUGUUGCUCUUCAGCACCCUUGACCCGCCCUUUUGGACCAUCAGCCACGUAGCGGGCACGCAGCAGCCUGAGGAAGGCUUCGCUGCCCACGCAGGAGGCUGGGUUUUGAUGGGAACCGUUUAGUUCCAUUCCAAAUGUCACUGGUCCAGACGUACCCUGGCCUGCUAGCGGGGUGAACGCAUAGCCUUCCCCGCCAGGUGCCUUUUAUGCGUGCUGUCUCUUUCCACCGUGUGUCACCCACGUUGUGCUUCAGUCCCACGUGAGGUGCUGGUGAGUAUUACCUGUCAGCCGUGCCAUGCUCCAGAACAUCCUCCUGAUAGUUCACACCUCCGAUGGAUCCCUGUUUGAAAUAAAACAAUUCACAUUAAAGCCCUUCAACAGUC